GCCGCGGGCGUCGGGCGGGAUGGCGGCGCGCAGCCUGGGCCGCGGGCUCGGCCGGCUCCUGGGCCGUCUGCGCGGGGGGCGCGCGCCGCGCCGGGCGGCCUCCGGGGCCUCGGGCAGCGACCCCGCCGCCGCGCCCGCCUCGUACCAGGCGCUGAGCGCGCAGGCGGCCCGCGACCCGGCCGCCUUCUGGGGGCCGCUGGCGCGCGACUCGCUCGUGUGGGACGCCCCCUACCACACCGUGUGCGACUGCGACCUCCGCGGCGGCAGGGUCGGCUGGUUCCUGGGGGGCCGGCUGAACGUGUCCGUCAACUGCUUGGAUCAGCACGUGCAGAAGUCCCCGGAGAGCAUCGCUUUGAUCUGGGAGCGAGAUGAACCCGGGACCGAAGUGAGGGUCACCUACAGGGAGCUGCUGGAGACCACCUGCCGCCUGGCCAACACGCUGAAGAGGCAUGGAGUGCGGCGAGGAGACCGUGUGGCCAUCUACAUGCCCGUUUCCCCGCUGGCCGUGGCCUCCAUGCUGGCCUGUGCCAGGAUCGGAGCCGUGCACACCGUGGUCUUUGCUGGCUUCAGUGCCGAGUCCUUGGCCGGGAGGAUCAACGACGCCAAGUGCAAGGUGGUGAUCACCUUCAACCAAGGACUGCGGGGAGGGCGCGUGGUGGAGCUGAAGAAGGUUGUGGACGAGGCUGUGAAGCACUGCCCGACUGUCCGGCACGUCCUGGUGGCUCACAGGACAGACAGCAAGGUCCACAUGGGGGACCUGGACGUACCCCUGGAGCAGGAGAUGGCCAGGGAGGACCCUGUUUGCGCCCCAGAGAGCAUGGGCAGCGAGGAUAUGCUCUUCCUGCUCUACACCUCCGGGAGCACCGGGACGCCCAAGGGACUGGUGCACACCCAGGCGGGCUACCUGCUGUACGCGGCCCUGACGCACCGGCUCGUGUUUGAUUACCGGCCAGGCGACAUCUUUGGUUGUGUGGCCGACAUUGGCUGGAUCACAGGACACAGCUACGUGGUGUAUGGACCCCUCUGCAAUGGAGCGACCAGCGUCCUCUUUGAGAGCACCCCGGUCUACCCUGAUGCUGGUCGGUACUGGGAGAUGGUGCAGAGGUUACGAAUCAGUCAGUUCUAUGGCGCCCCGACCGCUGUCCGGCUGCUGCUGAAAUACGGUGACUCCUGGGUGAGAAAGUACGACCGCUCCUCCCUGCGGACCCUGGGGUCAGUGGGAGAGCCAAUUAACCACGAGGCCUGGGAGUGGCUCCACAAGGUGGUGGGGGAGAGCAGAUGUACACUGGUGGACACCUGGUGGCAGACAGAAACAGGCGGCAUCUGCAUCGCGCCACGACCCUCCGAGGAGGGCGCAGAAAUCCUCCCUGGCAUGGCGAUGCGGCCCUUCUUCGGCAUCAUCCCUGUCCUCAUGGAUGAGGAGGGAAAUGUCGUGGAGGGCUGUGAUGUCUCCGGGGCUCUGUGCCUCUCGCAGGCCUGGCCAGGAAUGGCCCGGACCAUCUACGGAGACCACCAGAGGUUCCUGGACGCCUACUUUAGGGCUUAUCCAGGCUACUACUUCACUGGAGACGGCGCUCUCCGGACCCAGGGCGGCUAUUACCAGAUCACGGGGCGUAUGGACGAUGUCAUCAACAUCAGUGGCCACCGGCUGGGGACUGCGGAGAUCGAGGAUGCGAUGGCUGCCCACCCGGCCGUGCCUGAGACCGCUGUCAUCGGCUACCCCCAUGACAUCAAAGGCGAAGCUGCAUUCGCCUUCAUCGUGUUGAAAGAUGACGCAGGUGACGCAGACGUGGUGAUGAGAGAGCUCAGGGCCACAGUGGCCAGCAAGAUCGCCAAGUACGCCGUGCCGGACCAGAUCCUGGUAGUGAAACGUCUUCCAAAAACUCGGUCUGGGAAAGUCAUGAGGAGGCUCCUGAAGAAGAUAAUCACAGGCAAAGCUCAGGAUCUGGGGGACACCACCACUCUGGAGGACCCCGGCGUCAUCACGGAGAUACUGAGCACCUACCAGAAGCAUCGGGACAAGCGGGCUGCCGCUCAGUGAUGGGCAGUGCCCACCUCAUGCCCAAGCCCUGACUCGUUCUUCCAGAACGCAGCUCCCAAACUGGCUUAUUCCUACCCGUCCCAGCAGCAGUCCUCUGGCAAAUAACCCGCACUGCCUCCAGAGUUAAGUGCGUGUGAAGCCCCUUCUUCCUCCAUCCGUCAGACCUGGGUAGCCUUCAUCCCCUGUGUCCUCAGCUUGGUUUCCUGAGAUGCUGUCACCGUCGUCCUUGUUUCUGGGUCCCCUCCAGAGAGGUGAAAAACCUGAUAAAAUGUGCCUGCUCCGAUGACCAAGAACCAGAAGCAAUCAUGUUUUUUCUAGAUGUUUCUAGAUACAGAAGGCAGAAAUUUUAUUUUUAUACUUUUGUAUUUUGGAAAAAUAGUGUACACACACGUGGCAUGUGUGGGUUCACUUGUAACAUUUAAAGUCACGAAAAUCUCCUUUUUGCCCCCGCCCCGGGGAUGUGUGGAGAGCUGGGAGGGCACCCUGACAGUUAUUAUUGGGCAUAUUUAGAGAUCUAAAUUGGAAAUGUUUGUUCCUUGGCCUUAAUACAGCUUAUCUGGAGAACU